AUGGGCGGAAAAAGAAAUAUCCCUGCCCAGAGCCGAAACCUGCGGGCCCAUGGCCAGGACCAGCUACGAGAUCGCCUAAUUGCUCAGAUCCUCCUGGUUACAUCCCAGGGGGUUGAGGGAUUAGCUACUAGGAGAGUUAAGGGGCCGCGCCGUCAAGUAUGGGGUAGAAAACGGCGGGAGAAGGAGGGAAGAAGCAGAAGAGGGCUACGGCAAGCCAACCGCCAACCCGUCCGCCCCUUCGACUGUGUGAUUCCCUCGCUUUCUCUCGACUUCGCCCGCUCGCUCUACCUCGAUACUCUGCAUGAAGCAAGGGAGGACGGGAGCACUGCAUACCAACUGUCGCCGCGUUUGCUCCCAUCCUGA